AUGAGAAUUUUAUUUCGUCUUUUCGAAUGGUUUAACCCAAGAUGGACUAUGGCUUGGAUGUUAGAUGAAUUACAUGAUGAUUUAGCAUUAGAAUUAGAUUUUCUUCAUGAAGCAAGAAAUGCUGAACGUUCUCGUGAACAUCUUAAACAUUUAGAUUAUGUUUAUAUACCAAAAGUUCAUUGGAAUUUAACAAAGAAACGUAUUUUAACUUACGAAUAUAUCGAAGGUAUAACAAUUGAUCAUGUAGAUGAAUUAAAAAAACAAAAUCUAUCAUUAAAAGAUGUAAGUUUAAUUCUUUUUUUUUUAUAAUCUAUAGGAAAAAGUAAGUUGACUCAUGUUUCAAUGAUUUAUGAUAGAUAACGCCUUUUGUUGUGGUCGUUGAUAGAAAAAACAGAUACAUGUCAAGUUAUCUGUUAUUGACUUCUCUUGUCACGUAUUUUCAUCUCGUUCUAAUAAAAGCUUUUCUAUCUAAGAUAAAAAUAGCUAAACUAUAAUACAUAUUUUUAACAUGAAGAAAAUUCGCUAAUAGUUUCAAUGAUAGAAUGUUGGUUUUUAUCCAUAGGAAAAUCACUUUUUUUUUUAAAAUAAAAUUCAAUUGUAAAAUAUGAGAAACUUAUCAUUAUUUUUUAAUUAUUACCUGAGAUAGAUUUCAAUAUUCAUUAACAAGCAUGUAAUAAGAAUUUUUUUUUUACUAACAUGUACAAUAUAAAAUUCUAUGAAACUAGUUUUGUUUGCAUAACGACUAAUUAACUGCAUAAUAAAUAUAUUGAUAUGAAAAAAUAAAAAUGACGGAUAACUUUGAUUUACUUUCAUGAAAUGAUUGUUUAUAUUCGGUAAAACAAAUCUUUCAGUAUGAUUUUUGUAGAAUUAAAAAAUAAAAUAUGAUAUAGCUGCUUUUACUGUAAACAAUUAAAUUUUAAUUAGAUCUGCCAAGAUUUAUGAGAUAUUACAUUCGAUAAUAAAAAGAUAUUAAUUGUCAUAUCUUACAAAACAUAGAAUAAGGAUUUAACAUUCUUUAAUUCUGAUAUUUCAUAAAAAUCAAAUACUUUCAAAAACACUUAAUAAUAUAUGAGAUCAUUACGAAAUGAAUUCAUGAUUUUAGACAUACAAUACAGUCAAAUAAUUUUAACCUGAGUACCAUCGUGAUCGUCUAAAAGCUUUCACUUUAUGGAUAUGAUUAUUAUUGGAACGUUUUUCAGUUUCUUUUUUUAAAUCUGUAAGUAUUCAAGUGCAAUCGUUCUUUUCUUGGUUGCACAAGGUGAUCUUUUUUCUUCGUUUCAAUAAUUUACUAAAUCAACUUUUUGUUUUUAACUAGAAGUAAUUUCGUACUUGUUGAUAUGAUUUAAUGUUACUAGCUGUUAACAUAAGAAUGAUAUUAUAUUAUAGCAAGCACUCUUAUUGUUGUCUAAUAUAGCUUCUUCUUCGUUUUAAUAUGCAUGGUUAACUCCAUCCUCUUUGUAUGUGCGCGUUCCAUGAUUGUUUAUGAUAACGCAAUACACAAUAAUACGGUUUUUUCUUUUCAUUCCAUGCACGAGUGAUAGAACAUAUGUUGCUCAUAUUACGGAGGUUAUUAUUACUAAUGGAACCAGAUAUUAGCACUCAUUGUUCAAGGCAAAGAAGUACUCAUAUUUGAGAGGAUCUUUUCUAGC